AUCCUGGCCCAGCAUCCAUCCUUCGAGGUUAUCCCCGGAGUACGGAAUCAUUAUCGUCGCCAACCAGACAUGGGAUAGCGCACUAUCGCUAUUCCCUGAAACUCAUAGCGUUAAUGCAGGCGUUGGCAAGAAUAGCGACGCCUCGCAAUGGAAGGCUCUUAGCAGCUCUAGCUAUUCGAUCUUCUGGAGGGUCGAGUCUUCUUGCGCAACCCGUGUCCAAGUGUAUACGAUGGUCCUCGUCAAGCUCAAGAUGGUUAGAGCGGCAGGGGAGGGACUCUUGGCGACGUGAGGCCAGAGUUAAGGCAUACAUGAGCCGUGCUGCAUUCAAACUGCUUGAGUUGAACAGAAUGUAUAAAUUUUUUAAAGGAGGACAGACAGUAAUUGACCUAGGAUAUGCACCGGGCAGCUGGUCUCAGGUCGCUGUAGAAUUCACAAGGCCAAGGGGGCGUGUGAUUGGAAUCGAUAUCAUCCCGGCGCAGCCGCCUAAAUACGUGUCUACCAUACAAGGCGAUUUCCUCUCUCCACGUGUUCAACAGCUUGUAAAGGACUACCUCGUCGAGUAUGAACGACAUCCGAGACCACGCAACCCUGAUGAUGAAGAGUUAGAGGAUGAAGGUGUUUUUAUGGAUAGACCGAGCUAUAUCGAUGUCGAACGUGCCGAAUCAUUGGAAUCGGAUCACGAACUAUCCUCCGGGGAUGGUAGGAGACUUGUUGAUGUAGUUUUAAGCGACAUGUCAGAACCCUGGGAUCAAAUCACCGGAUUUUCGAUCAACACGUUAACCCACGCGUACAGGAUGAUGAACACGAGUGGUAUGCGCUUCCGAGACCACGCAGGUAGCAUGGACCUCUGCCACGCAGCUCUACAAUUCGCAAGCGAUACGCUCAAGGCCGGCGGUCAUUUCGUCUGUAAAUUCUACCAAGGUUCUGAAGACAAAGAUCUUGAGAUGAAGCUCAAGAAAAUGUUCUACAAGGUCCAUCGCGAAAAGCCGGAGGCGUCAAGAGAUGAAUCGUCUGAGAUGUAUUUUGUUGCCCUACGCAGGAAAGGCGAUGUUACGCUCUCUAGCAUCGAAGACGGCCAAAACUAGGAUCGCUGUGUAUAAUACAUGUAUUAUAUGUGAAUGAAGUCUAAGUUACUCACAUACAGGAAAUAUUCCAAGGACCUUUGCGUAAACACUAUUUUC